ACAACUUAACAAUGAAAUUGAUCGUAGCUUUCGCCGCUCUCGUAGCCGUGGCUCUUGCCGCCCCACAACACAAAGACGAGAAGGAUGCUUACGUCGUUAGGCAAGAGUUGGAUAACAUCGGUGUCGAUGGAUACCAACAUGCGUAUGAGACCAGCAACGGAAUUUCCGCUUCUGAGCAAGGACAAGUCAUCAACGCCGGCCAAGAAAACGAAUCCAUCGCCGUCCGUGGACAAUUCUCCUACGUUGGCCCAGAUGGUGUCACCUACACUGUAACCUAUGUAGCUGAUGAGAACGGUUUCCAACCACAAGGCGAACACAUCCCAAAAGCCGAUCACUAAACAUAUUAAU